AUGCCACAACCAGCAGACGAAGAUACUAUCCGAAUACUCAUCGCGACUGACAACCAUGUCGGAUACGAAGAGCGAGACCCUAUCCGCAAGGAUGACAGCUGGAAGACAUUUGACGAGAUACUAAACCUCGCAAGAAAGCAAGAUGUGGACAUGGUCCUUCUGGCCGGUGACCUCUUCCACGACAAUAAGCCCUCUCGUAAGGCAAUGUACCAGGUCAUGCGCUCUCUCCGAAAGAACUGUCUUGGCAUGAAACCCUGCGAGCUCGAGUUCCUUAGUGAUGCCAACGAGGUCUUUGAAGGUGCCUUCAGUCACGUCAACUACGAAGAUCCAGACAUGAACAUCUCCAUCCCCGUCUUCUCCAUCCACGGCAACCACGAUGACCCUAGCGGUGAUGGGCACUACUGCUCGCUGGACUUGCUGCAGGUGGCAGGCCUAGUCAACUACUACGGCCGGAUUCCCGAGGCGGACAACAUCAAGGUGAAGCCCGUUCUCCUGCAGAAGGGACGCACAAAGCUUGCCCUCUUUGGAUUGAGUAACGUGCGAGAUGAGCGCAUGUUUCGGACCUUCCGGGACAACCAUGUAACAUGGUUCCGUCCGAAUCAGCAGCAGUCCGACUUCUUCAAUAUCCUGUCUGUCCAUCAAAACCACCACGCACACACUUCGACCAGCUAUCUCCCCGAGAACGUGCUACCUGACUGGAUGGAUCUUGUGGUCUGGGGUCACGAGCAUGAGUGUCUUAUCGAUCCGCGAGAGAACCCAGAGACAGGCUUUCAUGUCAUCCAGCCCGGGUCCUCUGUCGCUACAUCGCUUGUCCCCGGCGAAGCUGUCCCGAAGCAUGUGGCCAUUGUCAGCGUGACCGGAAAGGAUUUCAAGGUGGACAAGAUCCCACUCAAGUCAGUUCGGCCAUUUGUCACUCGCGAGAUUAUUCUGCAGAAAGACAAGCGGUUCGCCAAGCUUCACAAGGAGAAGGACAACAGGCAGAAAAUUACGAGAAAGCUGAUGGAGAUUGUGGAGGAGAUGAUCCAGCAGGCGAAUGCGGACUGGUUAGCGAUCCAGGAUGACGACGAGGAGGCCGAAGAGCAUCCGCUGCCUCUUGUCCGCCUCAAGGUCGAAUACACUCCUCCAGAAGGCGGGAACUAUGAGGUUGAGAACCCUCAGCGGUUUUCCAACCGAUUUACCGGAAGGGUUGCCAAUGUCAAUGAUGUGAUUUACUUCUACCGCAAGAAGACCAGCGCCACCAGACGAGACCGGAAAGACCGGACGGACGGCGACCUCCCGGAGUCCGCACUGGAGGCUCUCGAGGCCCUCGACUCCGAGAACGUCAUAAAGGUGGACGCACUGGUCGACGAGUUUCUCGCGGCGCAGUCACUCAAGGUUCUUCCUCAGGGUGAAUUCGCAGGCGCUGUCAACGACUUUGUUGAGAAAGACGACAAACUUGCUAUGGAGACGUUUGUCGCCGACUCCCUCGCUGACCAGCUGCAGCAUGUGCUCAAUAUGGACAACGUAGACGAGAAGAGCCUGGACGCAGCCAUGGAAAAGUGGAAGAAGGGCCGAGAAGCUCGCUGGGCCGCUGGUCAAGUGAAGCGACAGAGGCGCAUUCUCCUGCCCAAGCCAGAUGACUGGGACUCAGAUGCCGAAGGGGCGCAUUGGACAGAUCAGGACGGCGCCUGGCAAGACGUGCAAGAGUCCGCGGAUCAAUCCUCAGCUGUUAAUGGUGCUUCGCGAGGGCGCCAGCCCACCGUUCCGGACGAUGACUCUGAUGCGUUCAUGGACGAUUUCGAGGAUGUGCCGCCACCGGCAGCCCCUGCUAAGCGGGCCACAGCGGCCAAGCCUGUGAAGGCGGCAGCUCCCAAGAAAACCACUGCUACGAAGAAAGCACCUGCGCGUGGUCGAGGCAAGAAGUCGGCUCUCCUUGAAGACAGUGAUGAAGACAUGUUUCUUGAUGACGAGGACGAGGACUCGGUCGUUGUCCCGCCUGCAAAGAAACAGCCCCCUCGCGCUGCUACCGCGAGAUCGACCGCGAGUGCUGCUUCUAAACGCCAGACAACUCUGAAUUUCUCGCAAUCCCAGCGCGCCACUCAGCGGGGAAAUCAAAAAGCGGUGGAGAUUAGUGACGACGAGAUUUCGGAGGAUGAUGCUUUCGAGUCGAUGCCAGUGACCCGCAGUCGACGUCGGUGA